GUUUCAGACUUCUAUUCAAUUCAUUCUCAAGUCUACACACUAUCAGACGCGCCAGCUUAAUUAUUUUUAAAAAUAGCAAGAAUGAAAUUCUUUAUCAUUUUUAAUUUAAUGUUUUUAUAUCAAGUUGAAGCUCAAUACAAAACUGUUGGCACUAAAACACGUUAUCCUGCGAGUUCAGAUAAUCUAGUGCAAAGCAAUUCUAGUCAACAACAGUACGAUUAUGAGCAGACUGAUUCCACUCAUAAUGGAGAACAUUUUUUCGAACUUCAUACUUAUGAUAGCAGAUUGUCAAAUCAGCCUCAACAAGUGCCCACCAAAGCUCCUCUAAUUUUGGACGCCACUGCCGAUUUUAUAAAUAAAACUCGUUCUAGUAUGGCCGCAGGCGUUUGUUAUAAGGAAGUAGCAACCGCAUCUCUUGUUCGUCAUCAUCAAAACGUGAUACCUGCCGGCAAUGGCAGCACUCCUGAACUAAGCAAAAUUCAAGUAUGUUGUGCAGGUUACGAACGCAAUCCUCAUAUAUUAACACGCUGUGAUCCCGUAUGCCCUGAUGAUUGUCCAAACGGUAUUUGUACUGCUCCCAAUAUUUGCGUUUGCAUGCCCGGUCAUGUGCGUAAUGAAAGGGGUAAAUGUAUUACUACCUGUCCUCUAGGUUGCGGAAAUGGUUACUGUAAUAGCGAUAACGAAUGUAGAUGUAAGCGAGGUUAUACGUUGGAACCGCAAGAAAAGAAGUAUUGCAUUCCUCAAUGUGAACCAGCAUGUGUGGCAGGGAAUUGUGUAGCGCCCAACAAAUGCGAAUGUAAAGAGGGUUUUCGUUUAGCAGUUAGUGGAGCUUGUGAACCCGACUGUGAUCGCUGUGAAAAUGGUAUAUGUACGGCUCCCGGUGUUUGUACCUGCAAUUCGGGUUACAUUAGAACAAUCGAUAUGUGUGAACCAGUUUGUGAUCAAACUGUCACCAGAACACACAUUUUUUAUCAACAUAGGACUACGAAUAAAUUUAGCCAUGUCCGUCUGUUCCUCCACCCGUGUGCGAUCCAUUGAGAAAACACUCUUAAAUUGAAACACCAAAGUAGUUGAUGUUAAGCAUCUGAUAAGUGUGGGCUAAAUUUGAAAAUCGACGAAAUCCAUCCAACAAAAUGAAACUCACAGUUUAUUUUAUUCCUAGUUAGGCUGAAAACCAGGUAAACCAGGUACACAGGUUCAAUAGGAUCACGUAAACUUUUGGUUUAUAAUUCGGAGUGGUAAGCACAUAAGUUGGAUCAGUAUCAAAUUCUCAAUCCAUUUAGAUAUGUCUUUCGAUGGCUCUGUGUAAUUUCGAUGGUAAAAAUUCCCAUGGUCACAAAAACUACAAUGAACAAGCUUUAAAUUUUGCAAAAGAAUGAGAAAUACUUACAGGCAGAUGAAUAUAGAAACCGGGCCGAAUCGAACAACGGCCAGUUGUAUAAGAUAAAGCAAGAUCAUUGGUUUUCAAAAACACAGAGUAGGUUUCCUGCUGAUUACCGUUAAACUAGAAGAGAUGCAAUGAUAACGAUUUCUAUGUAUGAUUGGUUGCACACUAAUAAGACCAAUGGGUCACGCUCGUCCAAUCUUGUAGAGCAUCGAAAAUUAGUUAUUAAAUCAAAUGAAUUAAAUUAUUAAAAGAUUUGGCCAAAGCGGAGUAGAAUUUCUUGCUCG